CCUAUAUAAUUAUAAGUAUAAGUACUCUUCCUUCCUCUCCGUUGCACCUCCAUUUUGAUACAUUUCAAGUCACCUAUAAAUGGCCAAUGACGAGAUAGUUCUUCUCGAUACCUGGGCAAGCUCUUUUGGCAUGAGAGCGAGGAUUGCUUUGGCUGAGAAAGGGAUCAACUAUGAUUACCAAGAAGAAAAUCUUGCAGACAAGAGUCCUUUGCUUUUGAAAAUGAAUCCAGUUCACAAGAAAAUUCCUGUUUUGAUCCACAACGGGAAACCCGUUUGCGAGUCCCUAAUUAUAGUUCAAUACAUCGAUGAAGUUUGGCAUGACAAGUCUCCUUUAUUGCCUUCUGAUCCUUAUCGGCGUGCCCAAGCAAGGUUCUGGGCCGACUAUGUCGACAAGAAGAUAUAUGAUUGUGGGAGGAGGGUAUAUAUGAACAAAGGAGACGACCAAGAAAGAGCAAAAGUGGAGCUCAUCGAGUGCUUAAAAGUUUUGGAAUCAGAACUGGGAGAUAAGCCAUAUUUUGGUGGUGAGAAAUUUGGUUUUGUUGAUAUUGUUUUUGUCCCUAACUACAGUUGGUUCCACACCUACGAAACUUUUGGAAAGUUCAGUGUAGAGGAAGAAUGUCCACAGCUCAUGGCAUGGGUGAAAAGAUGCAUGGAGAAGGAGAGUGUUUCCAGGACGCUCCCUGACCCUCAAAAAGUUUAUGAUUUCUCUUUGGUUCUCAGGGAAAAGUUUGGAGUUGAGUAGUUGGUCAUUCAUAUCAGUGUCCAUGACUCCAUGUAUCAUACUGUCGAAUAAGACGGAGUUUCAUGUAUGUUUCGUGUUGUAUGCUUAAUUAAUUAGUACUGCUAAAAUAGGCAUGUGGUAUUAUGUAUGUACUUUUUAAUAAAUAAGUAGACAUAUGUAAGAUAGUUUGGGAGUGUUUGUAUAAUACUACUAUCUAUAUGUAUUGUGGCAUUAGUAUCUAAAACUGCUAUACUUGUGCGUA